AUGCUACCCUACCCCGAUCAGUUUGGGAGUGCGUAUCUCGCGGACACGUACACCACAUCCCCCGAAUACUCGCUCGACUCCUUCUUUGACCAGGCCCUCACAUCGGGCGAUAUAUCGUCAACCUUCCCCAAGGAUCAAGGCCAGUUCAAUCACCCCUUACCACCAACUAGGAUACCAGCAUCGAGUGCCACACCGAGCAAUAGAACAAGCUCCUACUCGACUUCGCGACACCCAUCGGAUGCUGCACCGCUUGGUAAGCUCGAACAGUUCUCGUUCGGCUUUUCCUUCGACCCGAUACCAACCGAGCCGUUCGAAACAGCCUGUUUCUCCCCAAACACCCAUAUCUCCUCCAGGACCCCUUCCCUCUGCGGCGACGCACCGGAAAAGGCCUCAUCACCCACAUCAUUCACCCUCUCGCCUCGCAACCUCAAGCGCGAAUCCCCUUCAGCCCCUGACUCGGCCUUAGAAGAACCCACUCCCAAGCGACCUCAACGGAAACGCGGCCGGCCACGACUCGACCGCGCCGAAACAAUCUCUAGCACUUCCUCGCCCUCGUCGAAGAGCCAGAAGACCGGACGACUGCCCCAUAACCAAGUUGAGCGCAAGUACCGCGAAGGCCUCAAUGCAGAGCUGGAAAGACUGAGACGCGCGGUCCCCACGCUUGCCCAAAGUGACGAGGCAGGAGCGAUGGGUCAGCCUAAGCCGAGCAAGGCUAUGGUACUAGCGAGUGCCAUUGAGUACAUCCGAAGAUUGGAGGCAGAGAACAGCGCAUUGAAGGUUGAUAACGACAGGCUACGACAAGCCGCGACCAGCGGGCAGCCCAUCAGAAACUGGAAGAUUGAGGAUGAAUCACUACAAGAGUUUCAGACUGACUCAUGA